CGGGUCUCCCGUCUGAGGUCUUUCACUUUUUAAAGCGUAACUGGGGCCGCGUUGCCCUCUGAGAAGUGUAGUUCCUCGGGGAGCGACCCUGCGACCAGCACUACCUCUGAGGCCCGGCUGCUGAAAUAAGGCGAGCGAACUGGCAGCGCUCGAGUAACUGGGCCUAACCGGCCACCCAGAAGAGUUGGAAAGAGGCUGUUUUAGCAAGUGUCAUGCCAUGCUUUUGCCAAGUUUCUGAUUAAAGAUUGACAUUCCUGCAUGAACAUUUCCGUGUUAAAAUGUCCUUGCCCCUUACAGAGGAGCAGAGGAAAAAAAUUGAAGAGAAUCGGCAAAAGGCUCUGGCCCGUAGAGCUGAGAAAUUAUUAGCAGAACAGCAUCAGAACACAGUCUUGGGCUCCAACAUUGCUGCCAAACCUUCCCAGUCCAAGCAGGGCCCUUCCAGACACCUCCACCAGGAUCCUUCUAAGUCAGGGAGCCAUGGUGUCGUUUUCAACCAACAGAAUCCCAGGAGUUCAUCUGAUGGUGAUCAGAGACCUCAAAAUUCCCACAGUUUUCAACUCAGCACCUCAGAGCAGGCAAAGGGGACAUGGCAGAGGCAAGAAGAGAUGCCCACAGCCUGCCCGAGCCACCGCCCACCAAAUCAAGUGACUCUCGCUGGGAUCUCCCCUCCCUUGGCAAACAGUCCUCCAGCGGUCUCCAGCGAACAGCUCUGGGGUUAUGGGUUAGAGCAAGGUCAGAUUCAGGCUUCACACGAGACCAAAUCGACACCCUUUGUUAACACAACUCAUGAGCCUUUGGCCAGAGCAAAGAAUUUCCAGGAGACAGCAGCUUCUUCCUCUGGACAGCCUCCCAGGGAUCCUGAAUUCGAGGCCAGGAUGGCAAGACCCUCCACCUCUGGGCAGAACGUUUCAGGGAGUGUGAUGCCCAGGACAGAAGAAAGACUACAACAGAAAUCAGGGACCCCACUCCACAAAGCAGCAGGCUCCCAGCAGGGAACAUGCAUAAAAAUCGGUGAUCGUUUCCAGGUGAAGAUUGGGUACAACGAGGAGCUCAUUGCAGUGUUCAAGAGUCUGCCCAGCAGACGUUACGAUCCUGCCACCAAGACGUGGAACUUCAGCAUGACCGACUACGGUGCCCUAAUGAAAGCAGCCCAGCACCUCCAGGCUGUCACUCUGCAGCCUUUGGAAGGGGCUGAGGGCCACGUGGAGUCACCCUCUACCAGCAGCGGCGGCAUUGCAACCCAGACCUGCCUUCCUGUAGCUCCCUCCCUUGCCUUUGUCAAAGGGCAGUGCGUACUCAUCUCCCGGGCCCGCUUUGAGGCAGACAUCAGCUAUUCAGAAGACCUGAUUGCGCUGUUUAAACAGAUGGAUUCCAGAAAAUACGAUGUCAAGACCAGGAAGUGGAACUUUCUCCUGGAAGAGUACAGUAAACUAAUGGAAAGGGUGCGCUGCCUUCCACAGGUUCAGCUGGAUCCUCUGCCCAAGACUCUCACCCUGGCUUUCGCCGCUCAGCUCCAGAAGACGUCUCUGUGUCCCGUGGCAGACAUCCCCGAGGCAGACCUGUCCAGAGUGGAUUCUAAGCUCGUGUCUAGCCUGCUGCCCUUUCAGAGAGUUGGAGUCAAUUUUGCCAUAGCGAAAAGAGGCCGCCUGCUGCUUGCUGAUGACAUGGGCCUGGGGAAGACCAUCCAAGCCAUCUGCAUAGCCGCCUAUUACCGGAAGGAGUGGCCACUCCUGGUGGUGGUACCGUCAUCUGUGCGCUUCACCUGGGAGCAGGCGUUCCGUCAGUGGCUGCCGUCUCUGAGCCCAGACCACAUCAACGUCGUGGUGACUGGGAAGGACCGCCUGACAGCUGGCUUGGUCAACAUUGUCAGUUUUGAUCUUCUGAGCAAGUUAGAAAAGCAGCUGAAACCCCCUUUUAGAGUUGUCAUCAUUGAUGAAUCUCACUUCCUCAAAAACAUUAAGACUGCCCGCUGUCGUACAGCUGUGCCCCUCCUCAAGGUUGCCAAGAGGGUGAUCUUACUGUCGGGCACCCCAGCCAUGUCCCGGCCGGCAGAGCUCUACACGCAGAUCCUCGCCGUCAGGCCGACUUUCUUCCCUCAGUUCCACACCUUUGGACUUCGCUACUGUGGCGCCAAGCGGCUGCCCUGGGGAUGGGAUUAUUCAGGCUCCUCCAACCUGGGGGAGCUGAAGCUCCUGCUGGAGGAGACGGUCAUGCUGCGACGCCUCAAGGGCGACGUCCUCUCCCAGCUCCCAGCCAAACAGCGCAAGAUGGUGGUGGUCGCCCCAGGCCAGAUCAGCGCCAGGACCAGAGCUGCCCUGGAUGCCGCGGCCAAGGAGAUGACCACCAAGGACAACACUAAACAGCAGCAGAAAGAAGCCCUCAUUCUCUUCUUCAACCGAACAGCUGAAGCUAAAAUCCCAUCUGUCAUUGAAUAUAUCCUGGACCUACUGGAAAGUGGAAGAGAGAAGUUUCUAGUGUUUGCACACCAUAAGGUGGUUUUGGAUGCAGUUACUAAUGAGCUUGAGAGGAAGCGUGUGAAGCACAUCCGCAUCGAUGGCUCCACCUCCUCGGCCGACCGCGAGGACCUGUGCCAGCAGUUCCAGCUGUCGGAGGGGCCCGCCGUGGCCGUGCUAUCCAUCACCGCCGCCAGCAUGGGCCUCACCUUCUCCUCAGCUGACCUGGUGGUGUUCGCGGAGCUGUUUUGGAACCCAGGGGCCUGGUAAACACGCUUAUACUUCGCACAUCCAUUGGCCGGGUAUUAGGUCUUCACAACAACCUGCUCAGUAGUAGGCUUAUCGACCAUCUUAUUACCAAUGGGAAGAUUGAAGUUUUAGAAGGAGUCUCAGGAUCCAUCUCUCCAUGAAGAAAUUGGAGCACAGAGAGCUCAAGAGGAUAGCUGUCACUUAAGAGGAGCACAUGGCAGCCCUGGCCCCAGGCCUCUGGCUUCCCAGCCUGAGCCCCUUUUAUCAACUGCCCCUGGGAGCCACUUUACCAGUGGGGCCACAACAGGGCGACUGCGGUGGGUAUUCCCUGAACAUGCCCAGGGUGCCCACUGGCCUUAUCCGAUCAGCUGUGGCAGCAGAUGGAAGACAUUUGUUUGGACUCAAAGUCUUCUUCUCAACUCCAGAAAGAAGUUCUUUCCCUUCUGACGUUCUGACCAGUGUGGCUCUCAUCGACCACACGUCGGCGACGGCUGUAACGAUGGGUGGGCUUAGAGCGUGAAGGCAUCUUAUAAUGGCAACCAUGUUUUUGGUUUUCAUUAUUCGUUGUAGGGUUUACCACCGUAUAAAAAAGCCACCCUACCCCCUGAUCAUAUAUGGCCUCUCCCUGGGCGCGGUAUCUCUGUUUAGAAGAUAACUUUUCACUCCGUGGAGGGAGAGUGGCAGUGUGCCGGCUCUCCUUUGUCACAGCUGGUGGCAGAGCUGAAGCUGGCUCUCCCUCGGCAGCGCCCAGCACCUGGCCCGGCCCUGAAGGGUCAUCCACAGCUACCCAGCUGCAGACUGAGGUCCCCCCUGCUGACCAGUAUUGUGUUUGCUUCUCCCUUUUGUCAGAUGACAGACCUUUUGUGGACAGAGGCUUGCAGGCCCCCUGCCACGUGACACGCAGUGAGGAGGAAGGGUUGUGGUGAGGCUCCGGGGCCAGAGGCCACCUGCUGUGGUGGGCCGAGCAGCUUCCAGCCUUGACCUACAUGCAUCCCGAUCCCCGCCCCGCAGGUGCUGAUGCAGGCUGAGGACCGGGUGCACCGCAUCGGGCAGUCGAGCUCCGUGGGCAUCCACUACCUGGUGGCGAGAGGCACGGCUGAUGAC